AUUUUCUUUUAUUAGAAAAAGAGAGAGAAAGAGAUGAAUCUCUCCCUACCACCCCCAUAAACACUGAAAUCUUCUUUUGUAUUUCUCCAUUUUAGAAUAGAAAGCUCUCUCUUCAGAUUCCGUAAUGUGUCACUGUUUCCCUUCGCCCGGUCACCGUCCAUCGAUCAUUGGGGCUUAACCAAUUGAAUCAUUGAAGUUGUUUUGCUGACAAGCCGGCCUUCUGUUGACGAGAAAUUUGGGGAUCUGAUUUCAACCAUCAUUUUGGAGGAGGCUGCUUUGUCGCUUAAUUCAACAUGUUUUGGCGUAUGACAGGAUUGUCAACUUCGUCUCCAGUGGAGACGAUUAUGGAUAAGGAUAAUUUUAAGUUGGAGGAUCUACUUGAUGAAGAUGAAAUAAUUCAAGAGUGCAAAUCCCAGAACAACCGUUUAAUUAAUUUUUUACGUGAAAGAGCUCAAAUGGAACAGCUACUUCGAUAUAUAGUGGAAGAAGCUCCUGAGGAUGCUGAAAAAAGAAAUUUUAAGUUUCCUUUUGUUUCCUGUGAAAUUUUCACGUGUGAAGUUGAUAUCAUACUCAAAGCCCUGGUUGAGGAGGAGGAGUUGAUGAAGCUCCUAUUUUCCUUCUUGGAACCAGACCACAGCCAUAGUACAUUAUUGGCUGGUUAUUUUAGUAAGGUUGUCAUCUCUCUGUUGUUGCGGAAGACAGUUCCUUUCAUGAAUUAUAUCCAAGAACACCCAGAAAUCAUAAAGAAACUAGUGGAUCUUAUCGGAAUUACCUCAAUCAUGGAGGUGUUAAUUCGUUUGAUUAGUGCUGAUGAACAUCUUUAUACAAACUACACGGGCUCCAUGAAAUGGCUUGAAGAUACAGAUGUGCUGGAGAUGAUUGUGGACAAGUUCAGCUCAUCGGAAUCUCCUGAAGUACAUGCUAAUGCAGCUGAAAUACUUUGUGCUUUAACUCGUUAUGCUCCUCCAGGACUUGCUGCAAAAAUCUCUAGUCCCAGUUUUGUAGGUAGAUUAUUUCAUCAUGCUUUGGGAGAGGCUCGACCAAAGUCUGUCUUAGUUAAUUCUUUAUCAGUAUGCAUAUCUUUGUUGGACCCCAAAAGGCUAACAAUGGGAACGUAUCAUAUAUACAACCGAUACAUGACACAUGGAUCUACAGCAAGCCCCAACCCAGAGACAGUGGAGGGCAUGCUGGGAAGCCUAGGUGAUUUGAUCAAGCUUUUAGAUUCUUCUUCGGAUGAAAAUGUCUUAAUGACUACAUAUGGUAAAUUGCAGCCACCUCUUGGAAAACAACGCUUGAAGAUAGUUGAGUUCAUCUCCGUCUUGGUAGCUGUUGGUAAUGAAGCUGUGGAAGGCGAACUAAUUCGCUUGGGAGCAUUAAAGCAGAUUCUAGAGUUGUUCUUCAAGUAUCCUUACAACAAUUUCUUGCAUCAUCAUGUGGAGCAUAUUGUAGGGUCUUGCUUAGAGAGCAAAAACACUGUAUUUACUGAACAUUUGCUCAACGAGUGUAACCUUGUUGGGAAAAUGCUUGAUGCAGAAACUAAAUUUAUCUUGGUUUCUGAACCAACCGAGCCGGCAGUACCUGCUGAAGGUAAACAGCCUCCUAAAAUUGGAAAUAUUGGGCACAUAACGCGCAUUGCUAACAAACUUGUUCAACUCGGGAAUAGCAACAACAUCAUACAGGAACAUCUUCAGAAGAAUAGCAUUUGGGAUGAAUGGCAAACAACCGUCUUAUCCAAGAGAAAUAUAUUGGAAAAUAUUCAGCAUUGGGGAUGCGGGAGACCAAAUGCUCUACAAGACAGGACAAGAGACAGUGAUGAUGAUGAUUACCAAGAUAGGGACUAUGAUGUUGCAGCUUUAGCAAAUAAUUUAAGCCAGGCUUUUAGAGGUGGUUCCAGAAAUGAUGAAAAUGAUGAGAAUACUCAUGAGACAGUUGAUCGAGAUGAUGAGGAUAUCUACUUCGAUGAUGAAUCUGCUGAGGUUGUAAUAUCUUCUCUUCGUCUAGGAGAUGAACAGGAGAGUGCUUCUUUAUUUACCAAUUCUAACUGGUUUGCCUUGGAGGAUAAAAGAAUAGUCCAAGACGACAAUUCUUCUGCUGCUAACUCGGUUCCUUCUCCAUCAUCAUCAUCACCUGAUAUCGAAGAACCUGACAAAGGAGGCGAUCCCCAUGAGCCUGAACCACCACUUACAACUUCACAAGAUUCUCCCGACAUCAAUAACAAUAAUAAUCCGGAAUGGGUUGAAUGGAGGGAGCCAUCAGACAUUAUGGAACCACCUCCACCACUACCACCUUCUGUCAAUGAUGACGACACAACUUCUUCCUCGUCGGUAAAUGAUGAGCAGGUGCAGCUGGAAGUGGUGGAGUCUGAUAUUAAGCAGAAUAAGACAGAACCAGAAGUUGGUUCUUCAGAAGAGAAAGCAGACGAAGGGCUUCUUGAGAAAAAUGCAUCACCGGAGAUGAUGACGACCAAUAGUGGAGAAGAAGCCGAAGAAGAAAAGGAAGAACGCGUGGAAAAGGUUGAAGUGGGAAAUUGAUGAUGUAAAUUUCUCUUCUACAACAACAUCAGUAGCUGUUGUUACCUGCUCAAUAUGGUGCAGGGAAGUGGGAAGGUAAUUAAUAAUAAUAAUAAUAAUAAUAAUCUCUCAACUUAUUAUUUAAGACACAUUAUUGAAUUAUUGAUUUAGGCCUGCCUUGGUAGUAAUGGUUCUUCUUCAUUUACCAUUCCCAUGAUAGAAGAUACAAAAAAAAAAAAAAAAAAAAAAAAAAGUGGUGGUUGAAGAAGCAAGUGAUUUUUUUUAGGCUGGCUCUGUUGAAUUAUGAAGUAAAUUCAAUCUCCUGGCAUAACAUAUGGUUUAUUAAUUUUUACUUACCUCCUAGUUCUAGACAGUUUGAUGAUUAUUAUUAUUAUGGGUGGUGGGUGAUAUAUUAUUAUUAUUUGUAUAUUUCAUAUUCAUUUCAUAAUUUAUAUACAUUCUCUUCACACUUCAAAAAUGUUUCUGCAAUAAUCUAUUUUUAUUA